AUGCCCAAGCCGCGCCCUGGCACCGCCUUCCCCAUCGCCGCCGCCCUCGCCGCCCAGGGGCUCAGGGUCGAUCAGGUCGACCCCGACCUCCUCAAGUUCCUCCAGCACGUCCGCCACGACGGCAAUUUGUACGCCUUCGAGCUCCCUGCCCGCGGCGACGGCCCGGAGACGCCCGCCGCCAAUGGCGCGGCCCGAAGCUCCCUCGCCCCCUCCUCGUCCCGGCCAGGAAGGGGCCGCCGGGCGGAGCAGGAGAUCCCGCCCGCGGACGGCCCCCAGUGGUACGAGACCGCGGACAUGGACGAGGACUACCGCAAGUUCUGGAGGCGAACGCGCAUAGUGGACGGCCGGCCGGUGCUCCAGGUAGGAGAAGGCAAGGUCGUCCGCUACGGGCUGGACGCCGUGCCGGUUCGGCUCAGCGAGAUAGCUGAUUGGGCGGAGAAGAACGGUUGGUGGAAGGAAGUGCCCGCCGUUGCUGCUUCUGGGGAGGAUGGCGACGGCGUCGAGGUUGAGGAGGAGGACAAGGUGGCGCCGAUGAUGGUGUCUCCUGUGCGCGAUUCCCCUCCGCGUUGGCGAAAAAAGAAGGUGGAACAGGGUCAGAAGGAGAAGGGUGGCGCUGGGAAGAUCAAUUCGGUGAAUAGAGAAGAUAACAUGUUGAGCGUGGUGCCUGUGGAGAAGCUGAAUAUCGUGUACACAGAGACAAACUUAAGUAAUGGGCUUGAGGCUGAUCCUCACAUUGCUGCGGGAUUUUAUGGUGUUGUAUGGCCUACACAUAUCAUGGAGAGGCCAGAAUCAUCCUUCAAGAAAAAGUUGCUGUGUGUUCUCAGAAAACCAUGUUGCCCGGAAGAAUACAAGAACCUGUUUGCUGCUGCUAGUAAUCGCCUUCCGGCAACAAAGAGAAGGCAGACACGCAGAGGUGUGAAGUACUACAACUCUCCACAUGAAACGAAUCAAUCAUAUUUUGAUUCUCACCCAGAAAUAUCUUUCUGUUAA